UGACUUGCAUAAAGGAUUACUACACAUUCCAAUUAUAUGCAACGGAACUACUAAAAUUGAGGGUUGUACAUUGCUUGUUGGCCGCUGUAAUCGAUUUGUAGAAAGUGUUGUCCUUCAAUUAAGCUAAUUGUAAUUUUGUACACAUUUGUUGACGGAUGGGCAUGAUUCUGCUGUUCUUUUAUUGCCAAAGUUCUCACGUCAACUCCCAUCCCCCACCUACUCACAGGCGUACACGCAAUUGCACUCACAUGGACAGUAACGGAACAACCUGCGAAGAAAGUGUUUCGAUAGACAGUAGAAUCAAAAUCCAGAAAUAGUAUUGAAGCCGUUGACCAAAUGGCAUACUGUCUGAAACUCCAGCCUCCUCUGGGCCACCAUUUUAAGGCCGUUUCAACUUCCAAGAAGUCGAAUCAAAUUUUGAAGUUCAGAAUUAACAGUUGUGCAGUCGAACCCGAAAAUGUCCAUAAGUUAGUGGUGGAAGUCAGAGAAAAGCUUGAAAAGGAACAUAAUACGCUCCCAGUGGGAAAAAAUGGAAGAGACGAUGAAGACAUGAUACUUUGGUUUCUGAAGGACAGAAACUUUUCUGUUGAAGAUGCUGUCCCCAAAUUGACCAAAGCCAUUAGGUGGCGUCAUGAAGUUGGCGUGUCCGAAUUGUCAGAAGAAUCAGUCAAAAGCGUAGCGGAAACUGGAAAAGCCUAUGUGCAUGACUUUCUCGAUAUAUAUGGCAGACCAGUUCUAAUAGUGGAAGCAUCCAAACAUUUUCCUGGGAAGCACAAACAUUCUGAAGAUGAAAUGCUCAGUGCAUUUCUGAUCGAGAAGGCUCUUAGCAAACUUCCAGAUGGGAAGCAGGAAAUACUUGGAAUAAUUGAUCUACGAGGAUUUCGGACACAAAAUACAGAUAUUAAGUUCUUAACAUUUAUGAUUGAUGCAUUCUACUGCUACUAUCCAAGGCGGUUAAGUCAAGUCCUUUUCGUUGAAGCUCCCUUUGUAUUCCAGCCGGUGUGGCAGCUGGUUAAACCCUUGUUAAGAUCGUCUUCCCCUCUGGUGAGAUUUUGCUCAGUAGAAACCGUUAGAGAGGAGUAUUUUACAGAUGAUACUCUUCCAGCCAAGUUUAGGAGCUGAAGGCCUUCUCCACAGGCUCGAUGGUUCUGCAAAUUGUUUAUGCUGGUGUUUGGUAACAUUGACUAAAGCGGAUCAAUAUUAUAGAACAAAAAGAAGUUAAAAUUGUGCUGUCUGUGUAAAUGGUUUACAUAUGUUUGUGCUUUCCUCCACAGUUUGGGGGCUGCUGGUCCGUAUAUUCUCUGCUUUAUAUAAGUAUUUAUGGCUAGA